CUUUUUUUAACAUAAUAAUAAAAUUUUCACUGUUCUUCUUCUUUGUUCUUCUAUGAUUUUUCUUAAUAUCCUCAAAUGUACCCUUUAAUUUUUUUUAAGGUAUAAAAUAGGUGUCCAUAUAAUUAGAAUGUGAAAGCGUUUAGGGACACUUUUAUUUGUAAGUAUAGAUGUUGAAGAUUUAGGCUUCCACAAACCAAUCCUCCCUUGUUGCUGCAGCAGCCAUUGCUCUUUUACUUGGGUCAUGUUCUCUUUGAUAUGGUGCUAGGCUGCAUAUCUCCCUUGCUGCUUCCUUGCCAUGGAAACUGGGUUCUACAACUUACUUAAAUUAUGGCUUCUGUUUUCAUUUCCUAUUACUUUUCCCUCAGCCAAUUCAAUAAACUUCCAAAUGCCUCGCUUUGACUUAAAUGCAAACAAAAUUCUCUAUCAGGGUGAUGCAAAACCCUCUGUUGGAGCCAUUGAGUUUAACCUUUACGAUUAUCUAUGCCGCGUUGGAUGGGCAACAUAUGCUGAGAAGGUGCCACUCUGGGACUCAAGCACAGGAAGACUCUCUGACUUCAAUACCCGCUUCUCCUUUUAUAUUGAUAUCCAAGGACGUCCACGUUAUGGUCAUGGGAUUGCUUUUUUUCUUGCUCCUGUUGGGUCUCAAAUCCCACCAAAUUCAGCUGGUGGCUUUUUGGGGCUAUUUAACACAACAACUAGUGAUUCGUCUCAGAACCAAAUUGUUCUUGUGGAGUUUGACACAUUUGAAAAUCCUCAAUGGGAUCCACCUGGAGUUGGUAGUCAUGUGGGGAUCAACAAUAACUCAAUCUCUUCAGCAAACUAUGUCAGAUGGAAUGCUAGCUUUCACAGUGGAGAUACUGCAGAUGUAGUCAUUAACUACAAUGCUGCUACCAAGAACUUAAGUGUGUCUUGGAGCUAUCAGACAACCAAUAAUCCCCAGGAGAAUUCAAGUCUUUCUUAUCAAAUUGAUCUGAUGAAAGUUUUACCUGAGUGGGCUAUGGUUGGGUUUUCAGCUGCUACAGGUCAGUAUGGAGAGCGGCAUAGACUGCAAUCUUGGGAGUUUAAUUCUAAUUUAAUUGUGAAAGGGGAAACAAGGGGCAACACAGCAAGAAAUACCAAAAUAGUUAUAGGCAUCGUUGUUCCUUUGGGUGUUCUGAUAGUUGGGACAGUUAUAGCAUUAAUGAUUUGGUGGCGGCAAAAGCAUGUGAAAAGAAGAACACCAGAGACAACAAACUUGACAUCAAUGAAUGAAGAUCUUGAAAGGGGAGCCGGACCUAGAAGGUUUUCUUAUACUGAUCUUGCCGCUGCUACCAAUAACUUCUCAGAACAGAGAAAGUUGGGUGAAGGAGGAUUUGGUGCAGUUUAUAGGGGUUACCUACCUGAUUUGGAAAUGGCUGUUGCUGUUAAAAGGAUUUCAAGCCGGUCCAAACAAGGGAAAAAGGAGUAUAUAACUGAAGUGAAGGUCAUUAGCCAGUUAAGACACCGGAAUCUGGUGCAACUUAUUGGUUGGUGCCAUGAUAGAAAUGAUUUCUUACUUGUUUACGAGUUGAUGCCAAAUGGUAGCCUUGAUUCCCAUCUCUUUGGCAGAAGAAUUCCCCUUACUUGGCCUACAAGGUACAAAAUAUCUCUUGGAUUGGCAUCUGCACUUCUCUACCUUCAUGAAGAGUGUGAGCAGUAUGUGGUGCAUCGAGAUAUUAAAUCAAGCAAUGUAAUGCUUGAUUCUAGUUUCACCGCCAAACUUGGUGACUUUGGAUUGGCUAAACUCAUGGACCCUGCGCUAGGUCCAAAAACAACAGGGGUGGCGGGAACUUUAGGCUACUUGGCUCCGGAUUACAUAAGCACAGGUAGGGCUAGUAAGGAGUCGGAUGUUUUUAGCUUUGGAGUGGUCAUUUUAGAAAUUGCAACUGGAAGUAAAUCUGUUAAUCCUCGAGGAAAUUCUGAUAUGGGAUUGGUAGAGUGGACUUGGGAUCUUUGUGGGAAAGGAGAGCUACUUUUGGCUGUUGACAAGAAGUUGAACAAGGAUUUUGAUGAAAAACAAGCAGAGUGUUUGAUGAUUGUUGGACUGUGGUGUGCUCACCCUGAUUGUAAUUCGAGGCCUUCAAUCAGGCAAGCAAUUCAAGUUCUUAAUUUUGAGUCAGCGAUGCCAAAUCUUCCUGUCAAGAUGCCUGUUCCUAUGUAUCAUAUACCUUUACCAUCAGUGAACUCUGGGGAACCUCAAAUAACUUAUUCAAGCAUUGAAGCGGGUCGUUAGACAUGAGUUGCCUUCUCUGUAAAGUCCUACUUUGUUAUUUUUGUUCUUUCUAAAUUCACUAUUGAGUAUUUGACAUUAAGUUGAUGUAUAAAUACAAUUUAUAAAGGUAUUCAGAGGAAUUUAGUUCGAUUACUGUGUUGCUUAACCACUUUUUUUACCGUCAACCACUUUUUGUACUGUCAUAAAGAUAGAUUAAAAGAUUUGCAUUGAAUGUCUGCUGUCAAGAGUAAAACUUUGGUUUAU